AUGUUCUCUCCGCCCACCGUCGCCGUCGAAGAAGAAAGACAGACCCACUAUCGUCGCCGCCGCCUUUUCCCCUUCCUCCUCCGAAGUAUACUUCUAACGAAGCUUCGGAAGUUUGGCCGCGCGCGGAGGAGUUCCCGACGUCCAAAAGUUACGAUCUUGAUAUGGAAAGAUAGAUACUUGAGUCAUGCAUCACGUCGAAGUGGAAUGAAGCCAUUUGGAUCAACUAUGAGGCCUAGACUUAUUUUCUACCGAGACAUGUCCGGUAAGCGAGUAAACGAAGCCCAUGGAGGAUUUGGAGUGUCUAAUGGCCCGAGCAGCAGCGCCAAAGGCCUUGAUCGAAUAGAGAAGAGGCCUGGCUAA